ACGAGCCUCUGUGUUAUGUUUAUGUUAAACUGUUGAAAUCAUGGUUUGUUGCGAGGGAGUAAAUUAAAUAUGUAUUUGUCAGGUAGUGCAUUUUGACUAACGUUAGCUCAAAUACUAAAGCAAAUCCUGCUACAUUUGACAGCGACAGUAACUGUAGAUUCUACGUCGGUGCUCAGUCCCACUUCAGGCGACGCUAGCGUUGUGUGCUAGCCGACUGCUGCUAACGGUAACGUCAACAAGGCAACAGCCAUGAAUAUCCUACCAAAAAAGAGCUGGCACGUGCGCAACAAGGACAACGUUGCGCGAGUGCGGCGGGACGAGGCUCAAGCGGCAGAGGAGGAGCGCGAGGCCAAGCGUCGCGUGGAGCGAGCCGAGCAGGAGGCACGUACGGAGUAUCUGAGAAGAAAAGCCCGAGCUGGUCAGUCUGCAGAUGGGAUAAAGGAGGGAGAGGAUGAUGAAGAGCAGGGUGGAGGGAGUGGAGCCCUGGAGCAUCUCAACCUGUUUCCGCUGGAGGAGUCAUCAGAAAAGAAGGGGAACGAGGAAUAUCUCAAAGAAAAGAAAGAGGAGAAGGAGAAGCAGGAGCGAGCCAUCGGCUUACUGGUGUCUCUUGGACCCCAGCCAGGGUCUGAGGUCACUCCGUGGUACCUGAAAACCAGUAAGGAUAAAGAGGAAAUGAAAGAAAAGGCAAAGAAAACAGGCAUAAGUGACGAGGAGAAAGAGAAGAAGGACCGUAGGUUGAAGGAUAGUUUGGAUCCUUUGAAAGACAUGAAGAAAGCACUAGCUGUGAAGGACAGAAAAGAACACAAGAGCAAGAAAAAGGAAAAGCAAGACAAAGGGGAAAAGACAAAUAGUGGAGAGAGCUCCAUCGAAAGGCUUCGUGCCGAACGUUUGCAGAGGGAGGCGGAGGAGAGGAGGAGAGCCCAGGCUCUGCUUGCCCAGAGGAGUGGCAAAGGCAAGAGGCCAGAGUGUGAGCUGAACGACAGGGAGCGGCCGUACAACACGGCCUUUUUCCCAGAACUUGCCAGGAAGCGACAAAGGAGGGAUCGAGACAGUUGGAGAGAUGAGAUAUUAAAAUCAUGAACUCCUUGUAGUAAUUUUAGAAGACUGGUCUGUGACAGGUUUGUCUGUUUCUAAACGAAUCACAUUAAAAACACCAAGCGGAAAAAGGUGACACAUUUCAGUGGGUCAGAGGUCAGAUCAACUACAUCUACGUCGGUCUCUGUGCUGUCAACAAACACACCAUCAGGUCUGAUGCUUGUUCUUACAGCGGGUUGGAGACCAGACUUUGAACCGACGAAAGACUAAAUAAAAUAAAAAGAAAAUCGGGAAAGAAGAACGAGAGAUACAGUUUUCCUAAAUCAGUCAUUUACAGUACAUAUCCGCUCUCAAAUGAGACAGAUUUAAACUUCUUUGGUUGCUUCUUAAAUGUGACAGUUUUCAGCUGUUCAGCUUUUUGGGGUUUUGAUGUUGAUAGAAUAAAACAAACUUACUGAAGGUAUUAAAAUGUGAGAAAAGUUUGCUUUUCCUUCUGGUUGUGAGAAAAUGAGCGUCAGAUUCACCAGCCGCAGGAAAGACUCAAUACUACAGUACCAGCUGUAAGGUUGUUGUAAUAUUGUUUUAUUUAAUUAUUUAAAUGCCCUUAUUGAUUAUGGCUGCACAAUCUCUGCAUACCAUGUUUUGAAAUAUAACUUUCUACAUUUUGAGCUCCUUUACUGCCUGAUGAGGAGUUAUAUUCCAGCGUCAGCGGCAAACGUGUUUUUUAUUGGGUUACUUUCUAAAAACAGUGUGUUAUUAGGUUGUGUUUGUUUUAGUGAUUUAGUAGCUCAUGUAAUGUAAAAAAGUAAUAUUUUGUGAUGAUUUAGAUGAAAGCUGUCUUUAUCAUAAUUUACCGCUGCAAGUCGGCUCCAUGUUUGUGUCUCACAGUCACAAAUAUUUAAAAUAAAAAUAGCGCCUAUCUCAUUAAA